AUGGAGGAGGUGGUGAAGAAACGGCCGAUUAUCUCUGCAAGAGAAAGAGGCCCAGGCCCUGGACGCUACGCUCUGCCCCCUACAGUCGGAUACAUGAACCAUGACUUCACCAAACCCAGCAGCCCGGCGUACUCCUUCCACAGCCGCAUGAGCAGCGCCAUGGUCUCUGUGGACUCCAGCCCAGGACCAAGGUACCACAUCGAUGCCAAAGUCACCCGGUUUGGCCGCAUGGAGACGCCGUCCUACUCCAUUUUGGGAAGAGGAAGGCUAAUAGGGAAUAAAGGUGAGCUGUUCCAGACUCCUGGACCAGGCGCCUACAGCCCGGAGAAGGCUCCACCUCUCAACGCUCAGCGCAGACCUCCGUCCUACACCAUCGGAUCCCGAACCAGAUACCGCUCUGUGGAUGCUGUACCGGCACCAAACAGCUACAGUCUUCCCAAUCUGCUGGGCUGUCAGGUUCCCCACAAGCCCUCCAGCGCCAGCUACAGCUUCUCAGGCCGGAGGAAGGUCGGAGCUCCUUCUGAAGAUCUCUCCAUGAGCCCCGGACCGGGAAAGUACAACAGCACCAACCCAGACAUUUACCGCCAGCGCCAACCCUCCUUCUCCAUGCAGAGCCGGACUAAGAGGCCCAAUCAUUACUCUGCCAUUCCUGGACCGGGCACCUACAGCCCAGAGAAGUUUCACAUGCACCUCCCCAAACCGCCAUCCUUCACUCUGGGAGUCCGACACUCUGAGUUCGUCACGCCGCUCGUGGUGGAUGUAAUUGACUGACAACUGUGGAUUUAUUUCAAACGCCUCAUUUUUAUUCAGUUUUUCACAUGAUGUUACCUGAACAUGAUUUAUUUUUUUCUAAGUUAAAUAAACAAACACAAACCGACAGUAUUACAAAAUAAAUUAGUUAUUUUAAUUCAAACUGAUGCUGCGUACUGUACAGAUCAAUUCACUCCUUCAUAAAUAAAUAUCAUUAACUUUU